CCCGAAUGGGAGACGGGCUCUCAUUUUCAGUCCUCUCCCCAUAGAAAAGAAGAAGAAACCAGGUACAUAAUACAUUCCAUUCCUCUGUUUCACACGUUUGAUGGAAUGUGAGCGGGAAAGGAAAAGGAAUCCGUGAAGGAAAAGGGCGAAAAUGGAGGGAAUCCGAGAAGCCUUGCUUUCUCCAGUACUCUUGUUGGCUUCCUUCCUCCUGCUCCUCGCCUUGCAAUGCUCUUCACAGAACGUUGGAUCCCUCCGUCCAAAGCUCCCCGAUGAUGAAGUUGCUGCUCUCCGAGUGAUUGGAAGCAAGCUAGGGAAAAAGGACUGGAACUUUAGCGUGGACCCGUGCUCAGGCAGUGGAGGUUGGAUCUCCCCCGCUUUGGACCCCUCAGUCAAUAAUGUCACCUGUGACUGCUCUGAUUCCAAUGGCACUAUCUGCCACAUUGUAAGCAUAAUACUUAAGGCUCAAAACCUAGCAGGAACGCUGCCUGAGGAGCUUAGCAAGCUCAAAUACCUACGAGGAAUUGAUCUGACGCGCAAUUAUAUCAAUGGCACCAUUCCAACCAGUUGGGCUUCCUUGCCGUUGGUUGCUCUGAACUUGACGGCGAAUCGUGUCUCUGGGAGGAUCCCGAAGGAGCUUGGAAGUAUGACCGCAUUGGAAGUGCUGGAGGUAGAAGCAAACCAGCUUGAAGGGCAGCUUCCUCCAGAACUGGGCAACUUAGCCAGCUUGAGAAGACUGGUUCUAAAUUCAAACAAGUUCACAGGAGAGUUUCCAUCUGCAUUAGCUAACUUGAUGAACAUGAAUGCCUUCUAUGUCAGUGGGAGCAACUUCACUGGGAAGAUUCCUGAUUUCAUUAGCAAAUGGACUCAGCUUCAGUUCAUAAUGAUAAUGGGCACAAGUAUGGAAGGGCCUAUACCUUCUAGCUUAUCAUCCUUGAAGAAUCUGAAGCACCUGAUAAUUAGUGACCUAAGUGGGCCGGGCUCGAGUUUCCCACCUUUGCAGAAUAUGAAAAGUUUGACAAGAUUGAUACUAAGAAAUUGUUCGAUUUCUGGCGAAAUUCCUUCAUAUAUUGGAGGCUUACCAGGGCUGAGAAUCCUGGACCUCUCAUUCAAUAACUUAACAGGACAAAUUCCGCCAUCUUUUUCCAGCUUUACGUCUUUAAGCCUGCAGUACAUGUUCCUACGCAACAACCAACUAACUGGACCAAUCCCUGAGUGGGUCUAUAAAGUCAAUAAAAAUUUGGAUUUGUCAGAAAACAAUUUCACAGGAGCAACUUCAUCAACAAUUUGCCCACAACAAAAUUUGAACCUGGUCUCCAGCUUCUCUUCCACGGAUGACAGUUCAGUUCCUGCGUGCUUGAGAAAGGACUACCCCUGUUCUGACUUGGAAAAGUACUCUUCUUUGUUCAUAAAUUGUGGGGGGACCCAGCUUGUUGUCAAUGGAACCACAUAUGAAGCAGACAUCGAACCAAGUGGGGAAUCAACAUACUACCACAGUGCAGGAGGAAAUUGGGCUAUGACCAGCACUGGUGUAUUCAUGGAUACUGUUACAGCUGGCCCAUUCCUAGUAGCUAACAAAAGUAGAUUGUUAAUGAGUAAUCCAACAUUAUAUAUGACAGCACGUGUUGCUCCAAUCAUGUUGACAUAUUAUGGCCUAUGCAUGCAGAAAGGGGACUACACUGUCCAACUUCAUUUUUCUGAGAUAAUCUUCACCAAUGACCAAACUUUUAGCAGUUUGGGGGAACGAGUUUUUGAUGUGUUCAUCCAGCAUGAAAAAGUAUUAAAGGAUUUCAAUAUUGCAAGAGAAAAUGGUGGAACACAAAAGGAAGUCAUUAAGAGCUUCAAUGCAAGUGUGACAGAAGGCACUCUCCAGAUCAGUCUCUACUGGGGUGGGAAAGGGACUCUUGCAAUUCCAUCUAGAGGAAACUACGGGCCCCUGAUUUCAGCCAUUUCAGUAUACCCCAAUUUCAAGCCCAAAGACUAUGAUAAAGAUGAGGCUCUCACGGCAAUAAUCAUUGCAAUCGUCAUUGUUGUUUGCCUGAUCGUCGUAGUUUUGGUCAUCCUUCGGGCAAAAUGCUGUCGUGGAGAUGAAACAACUCUAGAUAAAGAACUUAAAGACCUGGACAAGCAAAAUGGCUAUUUCAGCCUUCAUGAGAUAAAAGAGGCUACAAAGGAUUUUCAUCCUGAAAACAAGAUUGGGCAUGGUAGUUCUGGGCCAGUUUAUAAGGGAAUUAUGCGGGAUGGGACACAGAUUGCUGUUAAGCAGCUCUCAUCCAUAUCAAGACAAGGAAAUCGAGAAUUCUUGAAUGAGAUAGGAAUGGUAUCAGCUCUGCAGCACCCAAAUCUUGUGAAGCUUUUUGGUUAUUGCAUUCAAGGAAAUGAGUUGAUGCUAAUCUAUGAAUACAUGGAAAACAACUCGCUUUCACGUGCUCUGUUUGGUUCAUCGGAGCAUCGGUCGAAACUGGACUGGCCGACUAGGUGUAAAAUUUGCAUCGGGGUUGCAAAGGGCCUGGCAUAUCUUCAUGAAGAGUCCCCAUUGAAGGUCAUCCAUAGAGAUAUCAAGGCGAUGAAUAUACUUCUAGACAAGGAUCUAAAUGCAAAAAUUUCCGACUUCGGUCUAGCAAAACUCGAUGAAGGGGACAAGUCACAUAUUAGUACUCACAUAGUAGGGACCACGGGAUACAUUGCUCCAGAGUAUGCAAUUAAGGGACAGUUAUCAUACAAGGCAGAUGUUUUCAGCUACGGAGUGGUUGUACUGGAGGUUGUGAGCGGAGAGAGCAACACAUAUGCCUCGCCAAGGGAGGAAUUUCCCUUCCUUUUGGACUGGGCUUAUGAUUUACAAGAGAAGAGGUGUCUCCUGGAACUGGCGGACCCAUGCUUAGGGCCAGAUUUCUCAGAGGCAGAGGCAUUGAAAAUGCUCAACAUAGCUCUUCUUUGCACCAACAGCAAUCCCUCACUCAGGCCAACAAUGUCUUCUGUUGUUGAUAUGCUCGAAGGCCGAACUGCAGUUUGCGAAACUCCUGACCCGAGUAGCUCCUCCUCAAAUGGAGCCGUACUUGGCCGUGUUUGGCGUUCCGGUGGUCUCUCACAAGAUGAAAUAACUCAGGAUGGGUUUGCAGCUGAAACCCUGCAAGUUAGUGAGUGGAGAACGUGGCCACACUCAAAUUCAGUUUGCACCACAGAGGAACAGAGUGUUCUGUCACAAAGGCCUCUAACCAUGUGAAGUUUGUAAAGUGAAUAACAGUUAACAGGCUAAGAGGAUGGAAUGUAAUUGGUCAUGCAGUAUCAGUUUUCUUAAUGCAAUAGCUAGCUAUUACUUCA